AUGUCGGCAGCAGCAAAGCAACGUCUCCAAGCUCUCAGCAAGCAGCUUGUAGAAGGUAUUCCUUCAGAGGGCACCUUUGAAGAUAUCCCCAAGAUCCGCCAUGUUGCAGGGGACUCCGCGGGACCUCGGGCAAAGGACAAGGUGGUGAUUAUCACCGGAGCAAAUUCUCCAAACGGAAUUGGACGUGCCAGCGCACACCAAUUCGCCAACAAUGGCGCAAAAGCAGUCUACAUCUGUGAUUUCGCCGACAACCAUCUAGAAACUCACAAGCGAGAGAUGAAGUCUCUCUACCCAAACGUGGACGUCCACGUACGCUCAUUCGACGCAGCCGAUGAAAAGGCGUUGACCGCCGUCAUCGACGAGGCCAUAAGUCAGUACGGCCGACUUGAUAUCUUUUUCGCCAAUGCAGGCAUCGUCGGCCAACCCAAAGUCUUCACCGAGGUAGCCGGCAGUGAGUUCCUGGAGACCAUGCGUGUCAAUGCCCUUGGUGUUUUCUUAGCCGCAAAGCACGCGGCGCCAGCUAUGAAAAUCACAUCUGCAUCCAAGCCAUACCCCAGUGGUUCAAUUAUCGGAACAGCCUCUGUAGCUGGAAUCCGCUCCAAUGCCGGUUCAACUGAUUAUUCGGCCUCCAAGGCUGCAGUUGUGUCCAUUGCUCAGUCGGUUUCAUACCAACUUUCCGGAACAGGUAUCCGAAUUAAUGCAAUUUGCCCAGGUCUCAUUGAGACAGGUAUGACGCAGAGUGUAUUUGAUCGGGCACGGGAGCGUGGCACGGAGCGCAAGGUCGGACAACUGAACCCGUUGCAGCGGGGUGCUGUUGCCGAUGAGGUUGCGCGUGUUGCAUUGUUCCUUGGUAGUGAUGAGAGUAGCUAUGUCAAUGGACAGGCCUGGGCGGUUUGUGGUGGACUGAGUGCUGGGCAUCCCUUCGUGCCUGGAAAGCUGGCAUAA